ACCAUAUUUAACACGAAGACACGAAAACAUUAUCUAAAGAUAUUGUCGGCUUUAAAUGUUCUUUUUAGAUGAUAAAUAAUGGCGGAAAGAUUUUCAACUAUCUAUGCGAUAGCUUUCAAGUUUUCGGUCUAUGAUUCUUAGCCUUACAUUAUACUGUGCGCACCUUGCUUGUAUGAAAAAGUUGCGAACCGAACUUUAUACGCGUAUAAAAUAAAAAAUCACAACAUGUAUUUUUUCUCAUACAUGAAACGGCCUCUGAAGUUAGAAAUCGCCUAAACGAAAGAGACAUCCACCAAGACAGUUGGAAGAACUCAAAGUGUCAAAUCUCAUCACGUACGCUCAUAUAAAUAAUGAAGAUAUGAUCUCGCUGCUGCCUCCAGAAGUCCAAAACGAAGCGAACAUUUCCACGUUUGACGAUAUUAUUAGCACUGCCGCAGGUGUGCCAAACGUUUCAUUUGCUGGCGUGGACGCACUCUCUCAAAUAACUGAUAGCUACAAACAAGCUGGUCAUAUCGAUAUGACUUUUCAUCGAGGUGAAGACAUAAACAACAACAACAACAAUAAUAAUAAUAAUAUGAUCAACAAUAAUAACAUGACAAAGUUGUCAGACGAAGAAGAUGAUAGCGGCGAUGACCUCGACCGACCAUCCAAGCAAAAGAGACACAGAACGAGGUUCUCUCCCGCGCAAUUAAAUGAAUUAGAACGAUACUUUAGCAAGACGCACUAUCCAGAUAUUUUCGUACGAGAGGAAUUAGCAAUGAGAAUUGGAUUGACUGAAUCACGUGUGCAGGUGUGGUUUCAGAAUCGUCGAGCAAAAUGGAAGAAACGCAAGAAAACCAUGAAUAUGUUCCAUCAUUCUUCCGGACUGUUUUCCUCUUACUUUAAUCAAAACUUUACAAACUCGCCACGUGAUAGCUCAUGUUACCAUAACGACCACAUGUGGACGUCAUCACCGCCCACAAACUAUGGUGCAAAUGUUAAUCAAACUGCCCAACUUCCUGUAGGUAGUCAAUUCCCAUACAACCAAUUACCACCUAAUUAUCCGUUAGAACGAAGCCCUAUUGGUCCACAGGGAUACAUAGGGAAUCCAGACUGUUCACGGGAUGUGGAUUAUGUAUCGAGUACUUCGCCAGCGAGUCAAUAUGCUUCGUCUAAUGAAAUGGAUCAUUGGAAUGGAAUAGGAGACAUGCGCAGAAAAACAAUUGAACAUAAACCGCUAUCAUAUAGAUAGGCGCAUGGUAAAAAGUUAUAGUUCGGAAUAUGUAAUGAAAAAUGCAUAUCUUUGCUGCAAGAUCAAAACAUAACAGGUUUGAUGGCAAUCUGUUAACUGUUGAGUUUGGUUCAAAAAAAAUAAUAACUGCAACUUUUUUCUCCUAAAGGUGAAAUCUCUUUUGCUUCUUCGUUAACCAACUGACCUUGGUGGGCUUUUCUUAGGUGUUUUAUCAAGUGUAUCCUGCCGAUAUUUCCGAUGAAAGUUCUGCUAAAUGAAAACCCUCAUCGGAAAGAGUUUUCCAGUUCACAGUACUAAAAGUAAAAGGGCACUUUUGUUUGAUAUUUUAGCGCGACAUUCUUACUCGGACCUAGACUCUCAAAAAGCCCGUAAAUUAAUACAGCAUAUGCAUAUCAUCUUAUAACGUGAAAGUAAUCGACGCUAACACAGAGAAAAUUUAAAAAAAAAUAUCUAUCUGCUUGUAAAAUUUAUAUUUAUUUUUAAAAAUAGACAUAUAAUAGUUGUAUUAUAGCGAUUUUUUGUACUUUUGUUUUCCCUUCUACGAUGUACGUAUGUAAAUUUUGAGGAAGAAAAACUAUAUAUAGAUAUUCAAUCUGCAAUUUUAUGUUAGUAAAUUUUGUUUUAAUGUUUAGUUCACUAUAUACAUAGAUAUAUAUUUAUUUAUUUAUUUUGCACUUAAGUUAUCUCUGGAAAUUGUAUGUGAUGCAAAAAAAUAUAAAACCCCUACUACCA